AAUCGUAACAAAAUGGCCGAUCGAGACUGGGUAAAAGGAGAGAACUUUUCGGUUUUUUUAGGUUCCAGUCUGUGCCCAGAUGUCAGGAAACUGCCACUCGUUAGACCUUCAUCCAUAUAAUCGUGGGACCGUGUUCAUUGUUAGCUGCCAUAGCACCUGAAGCUUCAUAGCCAAGAGCAACAAAUAGACAAGGUUCUUAUUUAUGAACACGGUCAACUUUCAAACAUGCCUACCGUUAACUGCCCAAUUCCCGGCUGUGACUACGCCACACCAGACCGUGAUGCUGCCAUCGUAGCUGCCCUUCUAACUGCCCACAGUACCAUUCACACCUCUGGACAAGCCGCCAAGGUCGAGAAGGUCAAGAGACCAACGAUUGCUGCUGCUGGCACCAGCGAGGAAUGGGCGUACUUCAAGUCGCGGUGGUCCGACUACGUUGAUGCCACUAAGAUCACUGGGAAAGACAAGGUUGUACAGCUUCUUGAGUGUUGUGACGAGCCCCUACGGAAGGACCUCACGCGAGCUGCUGGUGGCAGCCUCACCAACAAAACUGAGGAUGAGGUGCUGACAGCCAUCAAGAAGCUUGCCGUACGAGAGGAGAACACCAUGGUUGCCCGCGUGACACUUCACAACAUGCGUCAAGACAGGGACGAGACAGUUGGCAGCUUCGGAGCCUGUCUACGGGGACAAGCAGAUAUUUGCAAAUUCAUCAUAGCUUGCCCUGCUUGUAAUGCUGAUGUCAAUUACACUGACGCAAUCAUGCGGGAUGUGCUUACCAGGGAGAUUGCCGAUUCUGAAAUCCAGCUCGAUCUUUUAGGGAACAAAAACCAAGACAUGGGCCUGGAAGAGGUUUUCCAGUUCAUUGAAGCAAAAGAGGCUGGUAAACGCUCUGCCUCCUCUCUCCUCGACUCACACACGGAAACGGCCAGCAGCUCCUCCUAUAGGAAAGCUAAGCAGGCGCACCCAGGGCCCAAGGACAAACAGGAACUGUGUGCCUACUGUGGCAAGAAAGGACAUGGACGGAGUGCCCCAGCUCGUGUCCGCCAGACGCAGUGCCUGGCCUAUGGACAGAAAUGUGGUCACUGCAACAAGUUCCACCACGUGGAGGACGUCUGCCGCACCAAGGUCAAGCAGAAAACGUCACAGUCGACCUCCUCGGGUGAGCAGGAGGGGGCAAUCUUCAAUACCCUUUGUACUAUCCGUGACCUAGGACAAUCACAUGGCCUCCCCAUUGAUCACCAUGUAUAUGAUGACAUUUCCCAAGCAUGGCACAGGAAGAGAUCAACUCCUCAGCCAUACCUCAAUGUGACUGUAAGGGCUGUUCCGGAAGACUAUCGAGCCCUCGGGUUUAACCUUUCAUCCCCCUCACAAACCAGCGCCAUCCCAGCCAUGGCGGACACUGGGUGUCAGAGCUGCCUCGCCGGGUUAAAGGUCCUCCGCCGCCUUGGGUUACGUCAGCAAGACCUCAUUCCUGUCACCAUGGCGAUGCACACCGCAACUGAGGGCGGCAUUACGAUCCUCGGAGCCGUCCCCCUACGCUUCUCUGGCCAAGAUCCUCUUGGCCACAUGGUCGAGUCACGGCAACUCACUUACGUCACCGACAGUUCUGAUAAGCUCUUCCUCAGCAAAGAGGUCUGCAUUGCCUUGGGGAUCAUCUCAAAAAGCUUCCCUAAUCUUGGCAUGACACAAGGGGCACACCAAUCAGACAGAGCAGCCACCCUCAAGGAGGUUCCCAAGCGGGCCGCCUGUCCCUGCCCUCGGCGUCAACUGCCCCCACCGCCUCCUACAAAACUGCCAUUUCCUGCCACUGACGCAAACCGUGAGAAGCUACAACAGUAUCUCCUAGAUUACUACCAGUCCAGCACAUUCAAUACCUGUGAGCAUCAGCCCUUGCCACUCAUGGAUAGUCCCCCGAUUAAAUUGAUGGUGGACCCAGAUGCGGAACCCAUCGCUCAUCACACACCUGUGCCAGUCCCACUCCAUUGGCGUGAUGCCGUCAAGGCUGAUUUGGAGCAUGAUGUGCAGUUGGGCGUGCUGGAACCUGUACCCAUUGGGGAGCCUGUUACAUGGUGCCACAGGAUGGUGGUGUGUGCUAAAAAGGAUGGUAAACCGCGUCGAACAGUCGACUUUCAGGCCCUCAACGUCCAUGCUACACGUGAAACGCACCAUACACCAUCACCCUUCAUUCAGGCCCGCUCUGUCCCCCACGGGAAGAAGAAGACGGUAUAA